CUGUUACUAAGAUCAGAAAAGACACAGAAAAGAAAAAAUGGUAGGACCAAUUCGUCCAUUGUUUUUGCUAUUUGGUUCAUCAAUAGUGCAGUUAAGCUACCAUCUUCAUGGUUGGGGUGCAACGCUCACUUGCCUCUACUCUCGCAAGGCAGAUAUAUCAUUGCGUGGAUAUGCUGGUUGGAACUCAAGGAUGGCUCUUCAAGUUUUGGACAAAGUUUUCCCAAAGGAUGCGGAUAUUAAGCCUUCUCUUGUCAUACUUUAUUUUGGUGGGAAUGAUUCAGUAGAUCCUGAAUUUCCUGGCAGCACACAUGUUCCUCUUGAAGAAUAUGUUGAAAACAUGAAGACAAUUGUACUUCAUAUCAAGAGCCUUUCAGAAAAGACUCGUAUAAUUAUGCUAAGUGCUCCUGCGGUGAACGAGGAACAAAUUGUCCAUUUUUAUGGGGAUAAUCGAGGUAGAACAAAUGAGAGAUCCCGCAUAUACUCUGAAGCUGGUAUUAAAUUAGGCCAAGAAUUAGGCGUCAAGGUUAUUGAUUUUUGGUCAGCACUUCAAGAACGCCCUGAUUGGUUGACUACAGUCUUCUGGGAUGGGAUGCAUUUAACAAAGGAAGGAAGUGACAUUGUGGUGAAGAAAAUAUCCAAGGUACUUACUGAGGCAGAGUGGAAGCCAAGCCUACAUUGGACCAAAAUGGCUGAUGAAUUUUCUGAUAUUAAUAUACCACUUGGUGCUGAUGAGAUGAACCUUGAUUCCUGGCAGAAGGAGUAUGAGUAA